AUGGACCCAGAGUUCCUGCAGUUCCUGCUCGAUUAUGAUAACUCCUGGGAGAAAUUCGUAGAAGAAAUCCAAUUGUCCAGUUACCACACCUCCCUCCCAUCAGAGACCGACAUCCUCAGGGAGAGGAUCUCGAAAGUGUUUCCUGAGGUGAGCAUGAAACUCGGCAAGCGCAUCACACAGCUAAAGGAGCUCGCAGACAGGGCUGACCAGGUCCACAAGGUCUGCACUGUGGCCAACGUGGCAGCCAACUCCGCCGGGCUGGCGUCUAGCAUCAUGUCCAUCGUGGGCCUGGGUCUUGCCCCCGUGACAGGAGGCCUGAGUGUGGACCUGUCAGUAGCGGCACUGGGGCUGGGGGCAGCGGCUACUGCUACAACUGUGACCACCAGCGUCGUGGAGCAGACGAAUAUGUCGUCCAUAGAGGCCAAAGCCAGUGGCAUGACAACAAUGGGGAUCUAUCCAGAAGAGGUGGCCAUGGGGGUUCUCCAUCAAAACACGCGGAGACUUUCUUCAUUAUACAGCAGCUUCAUGAGUUUAAAAAGGGUUUGGGGGCACACUCUUACCACCCAAAGCUCAGCCUCACAAUCGAGCUUUGCGCAGAGACUGUUGGGCAACACUGCUAAGACGAUGACCAGGAGUGAAAAGAUGAUGAAUGGAGCUGCCUCUGGCAUCUGUGCUCUGAUGGAUGCCUACAGCCUGAGGCAGGCGUCCAGGCACCUGAAGGAGGGAGCAAAGACAGAGCAAGCAGAGAGGCUGAGACUGUGGACCCAGGGGCUGGAGAGGAUCAGGGAGCUGGUGUCCCAGAUUCACAACAGUGUGCUGAAGAUCCCAGCUGACCCCGAGUAA